UAUCGAAUUACCCCCCGAAGAGUUUGCCGGUGCCAUCCCUCCUCGUCGUACAAGCGAUUUUUUCGUCGCUUUUUCCCUUUUCUCUUCGAUUUAAGAAACCACACUUAAUCACCCGCAAACAUGUCUGACGACGAGGACCAAUACUCCAGCGAGGAGGAGGUCGAGGAAGUGUAAGCAGCCGGAGAAGAAGAACGAGGGUAGGGCGUCCCAAAAGGACUCCGAGAAUCCUGAGUUUAUGAAGAGGCAAGAGCAGAAGAGAAGCGAUCUCGACGAACAGCUCAAAGAAUACAUCGCGGAAUGGCGGAAACAAAGAGCCAAGGAAGAGGAAGAACUCAAGGUUCUGAAGGAAAAACAAGCCAAGCGCAAAGUCAGCCGCGCCGAAGAGGAAAAGAGAUUGGCCCAAAAGAAGAAGGAGGAGGAGGAACGUCGCCAACGUGAAAUCGAGGAGAAGAAACAGCGCGAUAUCGAAGAGAAGAGAAAACGCCUGGAGGAAUCGGAGAAGAAGCGUCAAGCGAUGAUGCAAGCGAUGAAAGACCAGAGCAAGAAAGGACCGAACUUCACGAUUGCGAAGAAGCAGUUGGGCGGAGCUCUGUCGUCGGCUGCCCUUGAGCGUAACAAGACGAAAGAACAGCUCGAGGAAGAAAAGAAAAUAUCCCUGAGCAUUCGCAUCAAACCCCUCGAAAUUGACAAUCUCUCGAUCGAAAGACUCCGUUCAAAGGCCACCGAACUUUGGGAAGCCAUCGUUAAGCUCGAAACUGAAAAAUACGACUUGGAAGAACGUCAGAAGCGUCAGGACUACGACUUGAAAGAACUGAAGGAAAGGCAGAAGCAACAGCUGAGGCACAAGGCUCUCAAGAAGGGUCUCGACCCGGAAGCCCUCACCGGAAAAUACCCCCCCAAGAUCCAGGUCGCCUCGAAAUACGAGCGUCGUGUCGACACCAGGUCCUAUGACGACAAGAAGAAGCUUUUCGAGGGUGGUCUGAACGAGCAAAUCAAGGAGACCAUGGAAAAGGCAUGGACCCAACAGAAGGAACAGUUCCUUGGACGCCAGAAAACGAAGCUGCCCAAGUGGUUCGGUGAGAGGCCAGGCAAGAAGAAGGACGACCCCGAGUCACCGGAAGGUGAGGAGGACGUGAAGGCAGCAGCCGACGACGACCUCGAGCCCCACCUCGACGAAGAGGAAGAAGAAGAGGAGGAGGAGGGAGAGGGCGGCGAGGAGGAAGAGGAAGAGGAGGAAGAAGAGGAGGAGGAAGAGGAGGAGGAGGAAGAGGAAGAAGAAGAGGAGGAGGAAGAAGAGGAGGAAGAGGAGGAGGAAUAAAUAAGAUAAAUUUAUCAUUUAUUGACGGAUCUUCUUCGCCGUGUCGUUCUCUCUCGUGAGCUUAUUCGUGCGGUCAGAACGACCAUUCGAAAUAAACGAACAAAAAGUAAUUCAAAAACAAGAGAAAAUGAUGAAAAACCAGAGCAAAAACAAUAAUAAUAAUAGCACCAAGUUGGAGGGGUAGGGGCGAGUACACGCGCCUCCGCUACUCGAGGCCUCCGUAGCGCCAUCUGCGUGACCAACCAGACUCAAGUACUGCACAGGCGCGCACCAAACGACCGCCCUCCGAACCCUUUCAACUUCUCAACCAACAAACAACGAAGCAAAAUAUCGGUCCGAAGUGUUUCGACCAUUUCGUACAGCCAAACAAAAAUCUAUAUACAAACGUCACCAUGCCAGUUGCACAUUGAAUAAUCAAUUUAAAAAAAUUUAAAUGCACCAAAAAAAUCAAAUAAACAUAUAUGGAAAAUCUGAAA